AUGAGCACCGAGGUCGGAGCGAGCGCCGGCGCGGGGCCCGGGGCUGCGCGAGCCACGCUCGGCGAUCUCAUCUCAAGCGGCGCCGGCCCGCUCGCCACCGUCAUCAGCACGCACCUCGACCCGCACGACCGCGUGGCGCUGGCGGCGACGUCGUCGGCGUACAUGCGGCGCGUGAUGGAGUCCCUGGACGGCGCGGGCGCGUGCCGCUGGUGCAGCGAGGACACCGUCACGGGGAGGAGCGUCGCCGAGAAGCUCCACGCGCACGCAGGCACGCCUGCGACGCGGUCGCUGGUGGGGUGGAACGCGACGGGGUACGGGGAGUGGCUGGUGUACUGCGCGGCGGGGGCGGACCCGUCGCUGGAGGAGUCGGUGGUGCGCGUCGCUGCGUCGCCGUACACGACCGCCAACAGGCCGGACUCCUGCCCCCCGAUCACGGAGGGCAUGACGGGGCUGCGGGAAGUGUCCGUGCGGGGCGUGGAUGCGGACUGGAUCGACUCCGAGGACUGGCUGCCGGCCGGCGUGCGCGCCACGCUGCGCGUGUUCGAUGCCCAUAACAGCAGCAUCCGCCAAGUGCCGGCGGGGCUCAAUGCGCUGCAGGAGCUGACGGUCUCCGAGUGCGCGCAGCUGGACGCAGAGGACUGGCUGCCGGAGAGCUCGAGGAGGGCGUUGCGGGUGAUCGACGCCUGGGGCACCGGCAUUCUCCGCGUGCCCCCUGGGCUGCAGGCGCUGGAGGUGCUGGACGUGUCGAUUUGCUGGCAGCUCGACGUCGCCGGAGAGGACUGGCUGCCGGAGACCUCGAGAGGGGCGUUGCAGACGCUUCGGGCGGAAUCCGUUGCCUUCCAGCGAUUGCCCGAGGGCACGGUGCUGCGCGCAUUGGACUACUGGGUCAUCGACAAUACAACACGGACGGGGGGGCCGCGCUGCGUCGUGCCGCCCCUGCCGCUGCUGGAGGAGCUUUCGCUGGAGCUGACUGACGACCUGUGGGACAACUUCGUCGCCGCGAUCGACUUUGGGAGGCUGAGAAAGCUGUGCAUUACGCUGUCUGUUUAUCACGGAUCUCUAGCAAGUGACGAUCCGGGUCAGAUACCGGUGGCCUUGCCGGAGAUGCGGGCCUUGGAGGAGCUCGAGCUGACCAAUUGCGUGUUCCCGAACGAGGAGACAUGGCUGCCGGAGAGCUCCCGCGGGAGGCUGCGCGUUUUGCAUCUGGAAGGGGGCAACGUGCGCAGGGUGCCGCCGGGGCUCGGCGCACUGAGGACUCUGACGAUGUCAGGCGGCCUGAACACGGAUCAGAUCCUCGAGGACAACUGGCUGCCCGCGAGCAGCCGCGCGAAGGUCGCACAUCUCACGCUGGAGGGCUUCGAUCUGCACGAAUCGUGCGUGCACGGCAUGCCGGCGCUGCGGAAGCUGGUCCUGCUGACCUGCCGCGUCGCGGGACACAUCUUGGACGCCCGGACGUGGCAGGCCUUGACACACCUGGAGCUUAUUGCGUGCCACGUACAAUGCCAGCUCGUGCCCCCUUCGCCCGCACCGCGCGGCGCGGUCGCUCUGAGGUCGCUGACCGUGACGUCCCUCGUCAAGCCAACGGAGCACCAGAUUUUCGAGACCGGCGAGCUGCGUGCUCUGGAUCUGCUCGACGUGUCGUACAACCCUCGCUGCGUUGAUCUCGAGCACCAGGUCGCGGCGUUCAGCGGGUCCUGCGUCAGGAGACUGCAGGCCCAAGAAUCCAGUAUGCGCUACAUGCCGAGGCUCGAGGGCCUGCAGGAGAUCGACGUCACGCGAUGUACGGACCUGGGCAGUGACUGGCUGGAUGCGCUUCUGCCGUCCGAUAGCGUGGUCAGGGUGCACGGGCCGGAGGAAGGCCUCGUGCGGUGGGUGAGGAAUGGAACCGUGCUGCACACGAUGCGGAGACGCCCGCAGGGGGAGUGGCCGCGGUGA